GGCCGUUUUGUUUCCUACUCUCUCCCAUACAAACUACUCGAACUUCAUUUGCUUGCAACCCACGAAACUUCCUACGGCAAAUAUACAGAGAAUCAUCAAUGGCAGAAGAAGUGAAUGCAAUGGCUUCUUCAAUGGGCUCUUCACUUAUCCCAAUCAUCAACAAACUCCAAGACAUCUUCACCGCAUCCGGCGGCGACCUCUCUAAAAUCUCCCUCCCUCACGUUGCCGUCGUUGGCUGCCAGAGCAGCGGCAAAUCCAGCGUCCUUGAAGCCCUCGUUGGCCGCGAUUUCCUCCCCCGUGGCACUGACAUAUGCACUCGACGACCGCUGAUGUUGUUGCUCCAGAAUCGGCCACCUCGGGGCGACUCCGAUGAUGCGCGGGAGUGGGGCGAGUUUCGCCAUUUACCUGGAAAGCGGUUCUACGACUUCUCAAAGAUUCGUCAGGAGAUUCAGGAUGAGACUGAAAGAGGAGCCGGAUUUAACAAAGGAGUGUUGGAGAAGCAAAUUCGCUUAAUGAUCUCCUCCCCAAAUGUCCUUAAUAUGACCCUUAUCGACUUACCUGGGAUUACUAAGGUUCCUGUGGGUGACCAACCUACCGAUAUAGAAGCAAGGGUUAAGAAGAUGAUAAUGUCCCAUAUCAAACAAGAAAACUGUAUCAUAUUGGCAGUUACUCCUGCAAAUUCUGAUUUGGCAAACUCUGAUGCUCUUCAAAUGGCUAGAGAUGCUGAUCCAGCUGGUACUCGGACAAUUGGUGUAAUCACCAAGCUAGAUAUAAUGGACAGGGGGACUAAUGCGUGUAAUUUUCUGCUUGGAAACAUUGUUCCACUUAGCCUUGGUUACGUCGGUGUUGUGAAUCGCAGUCAAGAGGACCUAAAUCAAAACCGUAGCAUUUCAGAAGCACUUGCUUAUGAGGACCAGUUCUUCCAUGAUCAUCCUGUGUAUCAUGGUCUGUCUGAUUGUUGCGGCAUUCCCCAGUUAGCAAAGAAGUUAAAUCAGAUUCUGGAGCACCACAUUAGAAUGGUCCUACCAAGUUUGAAGGAUGAACUAAAUUGCCAUAUGAUUGCUGUGGUAAAAGAGCUGCAGACAUAUGGAGAAGUAGUGGAAUCAAAAGUGGAACAAGGGGCAGUUCUGUUGAACAUCUUGAAAAAAUACUGUGAAGCUUUCUCUGCCCUUGUUGAUGGGAAAAGUCAGGAGAUGUCAACUAGAGAGUUGUCUGGUGGAGCCAGAAUCCACUACAUUUUUCAGUCAAUUUUUGUGAAGAGCUUGGAGGAGGUGGAUCCUUGUGAAGCUCUAACAGACGAGGAUAUUCGAAUGGCUAUCCAAAAUGCCAAUGGUCCAAGAAAUGCUUUAUUUGUGCCAGAGGUCCCAUUUCAAAUUCUGGUUAGAAGACAAAUACAUCGUUUGUUAGACCCUAGCCUUCAGUGCCUACGAUACGUCUAUGCUGAACUUCUAAAGAUGAGUCAUGCUUGUGAGGCACCUGAGGUGCAAAGAUUCCCAGUAUUGAGAAGGAAGCUGGAAGAUGUCAUGGGAAAGUUUUUGCGUGAUGGCAUAAAACCUGCUGAGAGAAUGAUAGGAAACAUGAUUGAGAUGGAGAAGGGUUAUAUAAAUUCUUCACAUCCAAAUUUCAUAGGUGGAAGCAAGGCAGUAGAGCUUGCAGUCCAGCAGUUACGAUCUUCUCAGGAUGGUACAGAUGUUGAAAGUGUAUCCACAUUAGAGCAGGGCCUGAGAUCUCGAGCAGUUCUUGCUAAUUCAGUUGUGAAAGGUUCUUUGCCUAACCAGGGAAGUCAUCCUCAGUCCAUGAAUGAAAGAUCAGUGUCAGCUGGUAAUGCAUACUCGAGAACUUGGGGAAUUUCAUCAAUAAUUGGGAAGUGGGCAUCACCUAAUGAUCGUUCAGCUAACACAGCUCUUGGUGAAACAUUUCAUGAUAUGGAGCUGUUGCCCUCUAUGAUACAAUUGAGAGACCCUCCACCCAUCUUAAAGCCACUAGAAACACAAACAGAGCGUGAAGCAGUGGAAGUAAUAGUAACCAAAUUACUCCUGAGGUCUUAUUAUGACAUUGUUAGAAAGAACAUUCAAGACUUCGUUCCUAAAGCUAUAAUGCAUUUUCUGGUCAAUCAUACAAAAAGGGACCUGCUUAAUGCCUUUGUACAAAAACUAUACAGAGAGAACCUCUUCAAAGAGAUGUUGCGGGAGCAGGAUGAUGUUGUCCUAAAAAGAAAGCGGAGCCAAGAAAUGUUCUGCGUUCUGCAGCAAGCUAUUCAGGUCAUCUUGCUAUUAUUUAGUCUUAAGCUCCAAACUGCAUACUAA